AUGAUCCGGCGCCUAUCACUUGAAGUUCAACGCAGACAACUGGCUGCCAAAGCUUUGGAGAACCGAGAUUUUAAAGAUUAUGUAACUAGCAGUCGAAUUCUCCCAGAAGAAACAACCUUUGAUUAUAACCCAAUCCAGCUCGCUAAAUACCUGGAAAUACGUAGACGACGUCUGGAUUCCAGCUUGCAACGUAUAGCUUCUUGGAAAAAGCGAGAUCUGGAAAUGAUAACUGAUGACCAUCUGCCUGUCGGAAGUGUACAUAUACCCCGGCCGGAAUUGAUAAAUCAACCAAGGCGGCAUUUCCGUGCCUACAGUUUACCUCGCGCAUAA